AUGGCAUCGCAUGUUUAUGCCUUCAUGCUGAAAGAGCGCACUUAUGACUUGCUAGCUGUCGAAGGCUUGGAAGAGCCUGAGCUGGUCGAAACAGCGAUCGACAGACUGGUCAUAGAUCACAACAACAAAGAGUUGAUCAAGGUCAUGGCCCAGGUCUAUACAGAUAGCGACCCCGAUCGGUUCAGUGGGGACUUCAUACGUGGAAAAGGCGAGGGGCAGAUCAUACUUUUGCACGGGCCUCCUGGAACUGGCAAAACGCUCACAGCUGUGUUUCUCAGAGCUCUCGAUUAUUUUGAAGGCAUAUUUUUCUUGACGACGAAUCAUGUUGGUCAAUUCGACGAGGCCUUCAUGUCGCGCAUCCAUCUCUCACUCGGGUAUGACAAGCUAACGAACGACUCGCGUGGCAAGAUAUGGGACAAUAUGUUCAGGAAGCUCCGCGAUGAUCACGAGCGUGGCGGACGAGAAAUACUCUACGAGUAUGACGCGAAGAGCUAUGUCAAGAGCAGAGAGGUACAGGAGCUAGAGUGGAACGGACGAGAGAUUCGAAAUGCCUUCCAGACCGCCGUCGCCUUAGCGGUCUUUGAAGCCAAGAAGGACAAGAGUGGAAGGCCACCCAAGGUGACUGAGGGCCGCCUCAGACAAGUCGUGCAGAUGUCUUCGGCUUUCCCCAAAUACAUGACUGCUGCGCAUAACGGUAUGAACGAAUCGACAUGGGCUUUCAGACAUGGGAAUCGCGAGGACAAGUUUCCAAGCACACCAGCGAAGACUGCGACUUGA